AGCCAACAAAAUAAUACAAAGAGGGAAAAGCCUGAGAAGUCGGUGCCUGGUUGAACCAUUUGGAGCAGUUUCAGCUUCCUUUAGAGAGGAUUUAAAAAGGAGGAUGUGUGAAGAGAAUUUCAGAGAUAGCAGCGACAGCAGCAGCAGACUGAUGGCAAAAAGGGAAGGGAAGCUUCUGAGGGAAGCCUCCGUUUUUAGAAAACUCUGCUUUGGUUUUUGUUCUGUAAUUUGUGCCACCCUGACUGUGUACUGUCUCACUAACAGACAGUGAGCAAGUGUUGCCUCUAACAGCAGAUUGGAUGUGAACAAAUAGAUGCUGCUUCCCUUUACUGGUGAAUUUAAACAUUUUCACUGCUUAUUUACAAUCGUGACACGAGUUUGAAUGUAUUUUCUUGAUCUUGUCACUUUCCAAAUUAACAUUGGCCAUAACGCAGCAUGGAUUGUGGGCCAUUUUUGCUUGCUUUUCUUUUCUCUGCAUGCUCCAGGCUAAACUGAAACACAAGGACCCCUGGCAGGAGCUUUGGCGUACUACUAAUCCAAGUGAAUCCGUGCCAUUUGUGCUGCGGUUUCAGCCCAUUGUAUAAACAUGUGUCUCUCACAGAGAUGUAAUAUUUAAAACCUGCUGCUGACGAGGUCGACUCAGGUAAUGGCACCUCACCGGCUCCCUCCAAAGAUACUGAUCAGCCUCUCUGUUGGGAUGCCAGCCUUCCAGGCCUGCAUGUGUUAGUUAUUUUCUGUGCAGACGAGGACCCGAGAGCCUGAAAACUUUCAACACGUUCUGUCGAAACCUCAGUACAUUCCUGCAAGUUUCCAUAGUAGACAUUGGAGAUUUAAAACUGAGAAACAGUGUUUUAUUUCAGCAUGUGAGUUCUCAAUAGGGUCGCACACGUUCCAGUUAGACGAGAUGACUGGCGCCAGGCCAGAGACAGGAUGUCACUCUGAAAUCAAAUCAUUAUCGACUUCCAUAAUCGACUUGUUUUUAUUGAUUAGAGCCUUAAGCACGAAAAACAUUUCUAACAUAGGUUGGAUCAAGUUUGCUCAGGGUCAUCAUACAGCAACAAAAGUUACAGGUUUCUUUGUGAUAGUCUUCCACUGAAAGCUUUAAACUGGAAAAGGUCCUGCCCCUUCCACGCGAUUGGCUCAUCAAACGUUUUGCAGCCCACUACAUCUACGGGGUAGUUUCAUAGUCAGAGGAGAUGAAAAGGUGGCAAGUUUUGAUCCUCCAGCAGGCUUAGACGGGAGGGUUAAAGGCUCAGAAACUCACAGAGAGUCAGAAAGGCAAGUCGCUUUGCGUUAAGUUCAGACAGCUGCAGUGGAUCCACUCUAAAUAUCAGCAGAGCCUGACUGAGGGGUGACUCUUUCAUUCUGCUGCUUCCGCAUGGCUGGAACCAUGAGGCAGAAAGCUGAUCGGCUUCCCUGGAUUUCGCUGCCUUUCCCACUUUGUUUUGCCUGAAGAUGGAAACGCUGGAGUCUGAGCUGACCUGCCCAAUCUGUCUGGAGCUUUUCGAGGACCCGCUGCUCUUGCCCUGCGCUCAUAGUCUUUGUUUCAACUGUGCCCAUCGAAUCCUGGUCUCCCACUGCACCCCCAGCGAGCCCAUUCAGUCUAUCGGCGCCUUCCAGUGUCCAACCUGUCGCUAUGUCAUCACCCUCAACCAGAGGGGCCUAGAGGGACUGAAACGCAACGUGACCCUGCAGAACAUCAUCGACCGCUACCAGAAAGCCUCUCUGAGCGGACCCAACUCUCCUAACGAGACUCGCAGGGAGCGAGUCGCCCCCGAGAAGACAGCCAUGACGUCUCCCUCUGACCCGGUGCAGUGUCAGUUCUGCGAGCAGGACCCUCCGCAGGACGCCGUGAAGACCUGCGUCACCUGCGAGGUGUCAUACUGCGAGGAGUGCCUCAAGGCCACCCACCCGAAUAAGAAGCCUUUCACGGGCCACCGGCUGGUCGAGCCCUCGCUGGACUCUCAUCUGCGAGGGUUCAUGUGUCUGGAGCAUGAGGACGAGAAGGUCAACAUGUACUGCGUAACGGAUGAACAGCUGAUCUGCGCUUUGUGCAAGCUCGUUGGCCGACAUCGAGACCACCAAGUAGCAGCCCUCGCCGAUCGUUUUGACAAACUCAAGACAUCGCCUCUUCAUCGCCACUUUCUCUGUGAGGGGCAUGGUCAGGCAUACCAGGAUGCAGACCAGCAAGCCUUGGAUUCCAACCUCAGUAAUCUAAUCAAGAGGACCAGUGAGUUGGAAAGCUUGAUGGGGAAGCUUAUCCAAACCUGCCAGAAUGUGGAGGUAAAUGCGUCUCGGCAGGAAAACAAGCUGCUGGAGGAGUGUGACCUGCUGAUUAAUAUCAUACAGCAGCGGAGACAGAUCAUAGCGACCAAGAUAAAGGAGGGAAAGGACAUAAGGCUGAGGAAGCUGGCGCAGCAGAUAGCCGGCUGUAAGCAGUGCAUCGAGAGGUCCUCCUCUCUCAUCACCCAGGCUGACCAUACGCUGAAGGAGACCAACCACACUCACUUCCUUCAGUCGGCUAAAAGCAUCUGUGAGAGAGUGUCAAUGGCAACGGCGUCCUCACAAAUACUGUUACCAGAAAUAAACCUGAUUGAUGCCUUUGAUACGUUUGCUUUGGACUUCACGAGGGAGAAGAAAAUGUUAGAAAGCUUAGAUUACCUGACAGCACCAAAUCCACCGGUAAUUCGUGAGGAACUAUGCACAGCCUCGUACGACACGAUCACGGUUCACUGGACGUCAGAUGAUGAGUUUUCUGUUGUAUCGUAUGAACUUCAGUACGCCAUCUUCACCAGCCAAGCCAACGUUGUCAGUUUAUGCAACUCUGUGGACAGCUGGAUGAUUGUCCCAAACAUCAAGCAGAAUCAGUACACCGUGCACGGACUCCAGUGUGGCACCAGGUACAUUUUCAUAGUGAAGGCCAUAAACCAGGCUGGAAACCGCUGCAGCGCUCCAGGAAAACUCAAGACCAACAGUCAGCCCUUCAAGCUGGAUCCAAAAUCUGCUCACCGGAAACUGCGGGUUUCCCAUGACAACCUCACAGUGGAGAGGGAUGAGACGUCAUCCAAAAAGAGCCACAGUCAGGAGCGCUUCUCCAGUCACAGCAGCUAUGGAGUCACAGGAAACGUCUACAUCGACAGCGGACGCCAUUACUGGGAGGCGCUGAUAGGAGGCAGCACGUGGUUUGCAGUGGGGAUCACUUACAAGUCUGCACCAAAACACGAGUGGGUUGGCAAAAACGCUGCAUCCUGGGUGCUGUCCCGCUGCAACAACUCGUGGGCUGUGCGUCACAACAGCAAGGAGAUUCCCAUCGAUUCCUCUCAACACCUGAGGCGUCUGGGUGUGCUGUUGGAUUACGACUCAGGAUCUCUGUCCUUCUACGACGCCGUUGGUUCCCAGCACCUGUACACGUUUGACAUCACCUUCUCUCAGCCAGUCUGCCCCGUGUUCAACGUGUGGAACAGGUGCCUGACCAUCGUCAGUGGACUGCCCAUCCCUGAUUACCUAGAGGACACGGACUACAACAACUGAUGGAAACACUUUUGCUCAUUUGUUAAAAAAAAACAGACUUAAACUGUGAUCACAUUUUUUAUGACAGAAAAAGAAAAAAGAACGAUUUGAACCUGUUGUUCUUGGGAAACAUUGCUUUAAAUGAGUAGAAAUUAAUUAGAAAUAUUUAAGCAAAUUUCAGGCACUUGUGAAUUUUUGUCUUUGCUUUGCACAAUAAUGUACAGAACUCUGCUGGGAUGUUUUGCUUACAUUUUUUAAGGUGUUCUUACUUGGGCUGGAGAAUAUUUUAAUAUUUUUCAUUAAUGAUAAAGAACUUUUAAGUGCAAAAGGAUUUUUGACACAUUUGUAGAGGAUUUUUGAUACAGUCUAAUGACUUAAUAGCACUUUUUAAAGCAACAUCAGCCAUAAUACAUGUUUACUUGUUCUGGUAUUUAAAAAGGGAGAUAAUUUCAUCUGUUAAUAAUACUAGAGCAGCUUCACUCACAAGAUUUCAUUUGAAAUCAUUUAGUUAAACCACUUCAUGUAUUUAUUACCUUCUUUUGCUUUGCCACAGCAGUUUAAUGGCUCCAUUACAGGUUCCCAUUCAAGUUUUUCUUUUGACUAACUUGUAAUAAAAGUAACUCCAUGUCAA